AUGGAACAAGUCUCGAUCGGCGGCAGCAGAUACUUACUGCUUGUGGUUGACAAAGCCAGCGGUUGCAUGAAGGGCUUCUGUCUGCGGUCCAAGUCUGAGAGUGAAGACUGUAUCAAGAACCACAUUAUCAAGAUUCAGACUCAGUUCGGCACGAAGAUCAAGUUUGUUCGGCACGAUGGAGCGUAUGAGUUUGCGACCAACUCGAUCAAGACCUUCUACAAAAAUCAUGGUAUCGAACAACAGAUCACGGUACCGUAUGCACACCAGACCAACGGCACCGCAGAACGCGCGAUAAGGACCAUCGUCACGAUCGGACGCAGCUUGUUGCAUCAUGCAAAGCUGGAGAAGUGUUUCUGGGCUGAAGCGGCAAUAACGGCGAUCUACAUCAAGAACCGCCUGCCUUCACCCAAGAUCGACCACAAGACUCCGUUCGAGAUCGUGUACAAGUCGAAACCAAGUGUCAAGCACAUGCGCGUGUUUGGAUGUCGGGCGUUUAUCCUGACACCAAGGGAGAAGCGAUUGAAGUGGGACCCGAAGGCUCGUGAAGGGAUGUUCAUGGGCUACGAAGAAGCGUCAAAAGCUUAUCGAGUGUACGACAUUGAGGCGGGCCAAGUGGUGAUCAGUCGUGACAUCACCUUCGACGAAUCGACUUUUGACUUUUCGAUGGACCGACCAAGUGACGAUGAUGAAGAUGCGGAGUUGGACCUCGACCUCCUGGCGAUCAACGAGGACGACGUGCGUCAAACCGUCUACAAGCAGACUGGCAAGCGCAAGAGUGAAGCAAGACCCGGCAUGUCACGUUCAGCUCGCCCUCGAACUGGAUUGGAACAAGCAAGUGCGCCGGAACACGUCUCCAACCGUCACCAGAAACGACGAUCAAGUGCUCCAGAAACGAUGUCUGAUGACGAAGAAGAUGCGAGCGUCCACGAUCAAGAUGACGACUCGACGCCUCCAACAUUUUGGCGUGCAAGUGCAAACGUAGUGGAAGCAACGGACCUAGCAGAACCUGUGACUUUUCAAGACGCGAUCAAUGGUCCUGAUCAAGUUCACUGGAGAAAUGCUGUGAAGGCGGAACUCAAGUCGAUGCAUCUUCGUGGAGUUUUUCAUGCGGCAAAACUGCCAAGAGGCCAAGGCGCGAUAGGCACCAAGUGGGUGUUCAAGAUCAAGCGCAAAGCGGAUGGAUCGGUCGAGAAAUACAAGGCGCGUCUCGUUGCCAAGGGCUUCAAGCAGAAGUACGGCAUCGACUACACAGAGACGUUCUCGCCCGUGGUCAAGUACGUGACACUGCGUAUGGUGAUCGCGAUCACCAAGUAUUUCGACUGGCCACUGGACCAACUCGAUGUGGUGACAGCCUUUCUCUACGGAGUGAUGAAGUAG